AUGGCGAAGGUCACCAGGCCUACUAAGACCGCAGAAAUGUGCGUAACGGGCUUGGAUGACUCUAUCACGCCCAAAAAAGUCGCCACUGUCUUUGCAUGUAAAGGUAUGACUGUGUUGCGGGGGACGUCCAAGUGGAGGAAAUCCGCCGUAAUUUCUUCGGUCUGGGGGCCUGCUAGGCCUGGAUCUGAGUCAGGAUCUAGAUCUGGGCCUGUGGAGGUCGAGGAGGAGGCACGUCGGUUUGGCGACGCAAUGUCGCAGAUCUGCGACACAGUGAUGCCCCGGGCCGGCCCUCGACGUCAAGUGUACUGGUGGUCCGAUGAAAUUGCGCCUUUACGCUCAGAGAGCAAUGCCGCCAGACGCCAGUAUCUCAGACACCACCGUCGAAGGCAGAGUCGCGACGCCGAGACGGAAGCGCAGUUGUACGCGGUCUUCAAGGAGAAUAAGAAGACCCUAGAACUGGCCAUCAGCAGGGCCAAGGUUAAGGCCAGAGAGGAACUUCUGAGAACUCGCAACGAAGACCCAUGGGAGCGCCCCUAUAGGAGUCAGGAGCAAGCUCUGCUCCGGGGCGACACCUGCGGCGGAGGGUCUCCAGCCACAGCAACUGGAGGAGGUGCUAACAGGUUUGUUUCCGGAACAACCAGAAUAUCAGCCUCCUUCUAUGAUACCGCGGAACCAAAGACAGGAAGAGGGCGGCGACACCGAAUGCGCUGGGGCUCCGCCGAUCACUUCAGUGGAGUUCUCACUGGCCGUGGACAAGCUCCGGGGGAAGGGUACCGCCCCCGGGCCAGAUGGUGUCCCCGGCCGGGUCUUGGCCUUGGCUCUGGAUGUCCUUGGCAGGGUUGUCCUGCUCCAAAAGGAGGGUCGCCCUGCCUCUCUCUGCCCUCGCUAUUUCGCCCGAUCGUGCUGCUGGAUGAGGUCGGUAAGCUCUUUGAGCGGAUAAUAGUGCGCCGACUCGUCCAGCACUUGACCCGGGAUGGCCCUGAUUUGUCCCCGAACCAAUAUGGUUUCCGGGAGGAUCGCUCGACCAUAGACGCGCAGGCACGUGUUCGCACCCUCUUGGAAGAGGUGGUUUUCCAGGGCGGGGUGUUGUUGGCUGUCUCUUUGAACAUCAAGAAUGCCUUUAACACCCUGCCCUUUGCCGUCAUCAGGAAGGCACUCGAAUAUCAUAAAGUGCCUCCUUACCUUCGGGACAUAAUCGGGGCCUAUCUCGAAGACCGGGAAAUUUUCUGUGUCGGGCGGAACGGUAUGGCAGUACAGAGGGACGUACAACGCGGCGUUCCACAGGGUGUGGUCUUGGGCGCACUGCUCGCGGGCACAAGUGUCUUCUGCUAUGUUGAGGACACAUUGGCUACUGCCCGGGGACGGGCUUCAUGCAGGUUGUCCGUCGUGCCACAGCGAGCGUGGCACUAG